GAUGGCGAUCCUGCGAACUUUCAAUGACUGAUCACACCAUAAUCACACGUAUUGCAAUAAGAGGGAGUUGUUUAGGAGAUUAAACCUGUGAAGUGAAUUUAAUGGAUGAGUUUGUUUUACAGUUUUGAAGAUUCUAAUAAUGGGUAUUUGAAUUGGGCGUAAGGAUGUCAAUCAACUUGAGUUUUGUUGCUAUUGUAAUUUGUAAAUAAUAGAUUAUAGAUAUAUCACCCAUUUGGACAAAGAAUGUCGGUGAGGAGAAUUUCUUCUGUACAUCUUGUCAAGCGAGUGAAACUUGUGUUAAUUAUGUGAUACUUUUCAGAAACAAGGCUUGUGAUUUCAUUUUAUUUAAAAAUGGCAGGAAAUAUGUUACAAAUUGCAGACAUAAUGCACGAAAGGACUUGGGCGAUGUGUUUAGUGUGUGAGAGCAAAAUAAAGUUUGAAAAUCCACGUGAUUUCGUUCACCAUCUUCGUUCUGAACAUUGCACGAAAGAAGGAGGAUCAUUUGUUUGUCGUUAUGGGCCUAAUGGUGUUUGUCCAUCUUUACCAAUCGAAGGUGUUAGUGAUGAAGAUUACGAGGCCCAUGUUGAAAAACAUCAUGUUCGGUCAAAACCGAAAAUUGAUGUGCCUGAAUCAAAGGAGGCUAAAUCUUAUGAAGUGAAGGCAUUUGGAUUUGUCCAACUGCCACCAAUCUCUUUUAAAGAGGAGAAAUGGACAUUUUUCUCUGCAACUCAGAAUAUGGCAGCCGUUCUAAAUGACCCCAAUGAAAGGAAAAGGUCCAAAGAAUUUUUUACUAAAACUUGGGGAGCAGAGUUUGAACCAUGUGAAGUUCCACCUUUGACAUUGUUACAUGCAAUUCCUAAACGAUAUUUCACAGAUUAUCUGAAGAGAAUGCAACAUCGAUUAAGGAAUCACUACAGAAUAAAAAAAAGUUUUGAUGAGGCUGAUUGUUCUGGCAACAGCAAUCUACACAUUAACUCUGCCAUUACUGAAAAAUAUUUGAAAGAUCUUGAUGUAGUCCCGAAGACGUUUAUGGACGCUAAUUUCUCAUUGGAAGAUCCAGAGACAUUUCGAAAUGUCAUUCCCAUGGCAAAGAUUGACACAGUUGACCCAAAACAUCGCCAUCGUCAUGCAUUACUUACCGCACCAAAAAAUUCACUGAAGCUAAUGCAGGAAAAACUAACCCAUUUUCUCGACAUCACUGAAGUCGCUUUAGCACAUCAGAUAUCAUUGAGAUCAGAUGAUUUCUUUCAAGCUGUCUCUUCGCAAGAUCGCCUACAGGAUGAUGUUGGUUGCACCAACUCCGAAAUCAAACAUUUAAGAAAAAAGAUUGAAGAAGUUCGUUCAGUUUUAUGUGGUGGUCAUUUGAAGUUUAUGCAACUUGCGAGACUACGCUCCAGAUAUCUUUGUGUUCAUGACAAGUUGAAACUUAUGGUGGCUGUGCAACAGACGCAACCAACAAUACAACUUUUGUUAUCUACCGGAGACUUUGUUGCUGCCUUAGAUUUGAUUUCAAUGACACAAGAAGUUCUUCAACUCGAGUUGUGUGGCAUUCAAAGUCUGAGACAUUUAGGCUCGCAAUUGGCUGAGCUUGAAAGAGUUAUUGGACGGAUGAUGGAAACUGAUUUUAUUGAAUUUGCGACGACGAAUCUUUCAAAGCCACUCGAGGAUUAUGACGAAGACGAUCACGUGAUGGAUGAGGAGCGGCUUGUGUCUGUGCUAUUUGGCCUUCUCCGAAAACAGAAAUUUCAUUUCAUGCGUACAUAUAAAGAAGAGGCAUUUGCUACUAUUAAAGACUCUGUAAAGGAGACUGCAAGAAAUUUUAUGUCGCAAAUUUCUUUCACGGAAGAAAGUAAAAAUUUACGUCAAGCAAUGCAAUCUAUGGUUUUCAAAAGUUGGUUGGAAAUGUUAGAAGUUGUUUUCAUAAAUGCUUUGCAGACUAUCAAGCGGAUGAAGAUUCUUCAUCAAAGUUUUGUGAACGUGCUACAUGUUGCCGCUGGUCAAGAUCGUUCCUCGGCUGUUAACUCAUUGAGUAAUUCUUCGCAAACAAGCAAUGACCCGCUUAUAUCAUCUCUUCAAUGCGAAAAGUUAGUUAAAGAAAGUAAAGAAAUACUAAGUGAAGCUGGUGACUUGGCUCAGGCUCGUUGUGUAAAAUUAAUUAACGUUAGAGCAAAAGAUGGCUUCUUAGAUGGACUGGCGUCCACUGAUUUUGUUUCUCUCUCAAGAAGCGUAGAACAGUUUGUAAGUGAAUGUGAAGAAGUGAGUGGUCGACAGAGUUCUGCGUUAAGGACUUUGUUGGUGAUGCAGGGUAAAAAAUUCGUCGAGCAGUUUCACGACGAGAAGAAGCAAAAAUUAAGUUUGAUUUUGGACAACGAGCGAUGGAAGCAAGCCGAUGUUCCUGCUGAAUUUCAAACUCUUGUAGACUCUCUCGUUAACGGUGUUCCUGCCAGUAAACAUGAAUUAUCUUCAUUUCCUUCAGUAAAACAAGAUUCUCGCUUGUCGCAAUCAAAAUCACCUGCGAGCCAUCUUGUCGUUAACGGCGAGAAGUUUGCUGUUGCGGGAACAUUAUUGCUAGUUCUCAACAUGAUCGUAGAGUAUUGCCAAUGUGCGGACAUAUUUCCUAUGUUAACAACUGAUAUCAUGACCAAACUAUUCGAGUUGAUGAAGAUGUUUAAUUCAAGAACAUGUCAACUGGUUCUUGGUGCUGGCGCAUUGCAACUUGUUGGUUUGAAAACUAUUACUGCAAAACAUUUGGCUUUGGCAUCUCGUUGCUUAGAAGUUGUAACGUUGCACAUUGCUUUGUUUAAAUCACAUUUUGAACUUCGUCUUCCUCCUAAACAUUAUGUUCUGUUGGCACAAUUCGAUCAGAUUCUUAAGGAUUACAAAAACCAUCGUAGUGAAAUUUUUAGCAAAAUGGCUGUCUUGAUGGAAGAGCUUUUUGUAAAUCAAAUAUCUUCUUGGGAAGUCCGUCCGCCAAUGCCUUCUCAAGUGAUGAGAACUAUUGUGAAACAAAUCAUUAAACUCCAUGAAGCACUAUGUUCCAUACUACCAGUGAAUCAAGUUGAGAUUGUCAUAGAAGAUGUGAAGAACUCAUUUAAGAAAGUCUUGGCAAAGAAGUUAGCAAGCUUAGGAGUAAAGGAUGAUUUUGGACCCCAGCACGGGCUUGUGCAGUCUGACUUGGCGUAUUUUUCCAUUAAUGUGAAAUCUCUUCACGGCAUGAAAAACGUUGAGAGCAGUUUAGUUGACUUAUGGAGGCAAGUCAAAGAACUAAAAAAUGGUAAAACUUUGUCAAUUAGUGACAAGAAAAUCUCACCAAAUAGGUAACGUCAAUAGAACUUUUGAGGGAAUUUUGGGUAAAUUUGAUCAACAGCAUGAAUUAUAAAUAGUUGUUUAAAGCUCAUUAUUUUUUAAGUUAAAAGAAAGGCUGAACGAUUUGUUUCUUGUUGUAAUAUUUGAACUGUGAAAAAAUGAUCAAUGUUGAAGGUUGGGGGCUUGCUGAAACUUGGUUAAAACUAAGAAGAACGUAUAUAUAUUUUAAAAUGUUUUCUUUAAAAUUCGUGAUCAUGUAUGAAUGUGCUCUAUUUUGCUUUAUUUCAACAUGAAAGAUAAGGAAAAAAUAAACUCAGAACAUACAACACAUAAAACAAUACCUGCCAACGCAUAACGAUACAUAGCAACAUAUGACGUGACAUAAAAAUACAUAGCAACACUUAGCAACAUAUUACAACAAAUAUGAAAAACUAACGAUACGGUGUUGAAUACUUCUGAUAGUUAAAUGACUUAAACAUUUAAAGAUAAGACGAAAUUCUUUGUUGGAAGGUUUUCCGAAACAUCAUUGUUGUUACAUGUUUUUCUUUUAAUUUCGUUUUUCAUUGAUAGAAAAAAUAGUCAUACAAAAGUGAGUUUUUUAAAUAGCAUACAGGUGUCAAAAGGUUUGCAAAACGUUUACGCGCCUUCUAAACAAAGACUCGACAUACGUCUUGAAGCUUUUGAAUGAACUGUUCGUGGGGAUUUAACGUUAGUCCCAAUAAUUAAAGCUGCCAAUAUGCACUACAAUACCACAUUGGUUAUGAAUUUCCAAAGAAUUACAAUACUGUGCUGAUUCGGCUGCUUUUAAUGUGAAUACAUCCAACAAUAAGCUUUUGCAUUUUAUUGUAACUUGUCCAGUGGUCCUAGUUCCACCAACGGAGUAAAAAUUCAAAGAAAAACCGUUUUUCGUGACGUUAGGCACCUGUAAAAUGCUAAUAAGCAUUUUCCAGUAGGUGCUAAUUAAAAUGGAAUACUCUAGGCAACCCGGUGGCCAUUAACGUCUAUGAUUUAUCCUAGGGGAGUCGUUUGCUUCGUUUAUUUGAAGACAUUACGGAUGGCGUUCGGGGACUGUUAUUUCUGAAUUGAUAUUUUUCAUCGACCUUACAAAUAUAAUAUGGCAAAAGUUUUGUCCUUUCUUAGAAUUAAGUAUCUUAUAUUGCCAAACAUUAUUUCGCAAACCUUUAUGUUGUGGCAUUUUUUGUUUUUGUUUUUGUAUUCAACUUUGUUGCAAAAUUCAUGUGUAUUGACAGAGAGCCUCAAUUUUUGUUUUGACGGAACUCAGAAAGAUUUUCGCUUGUUUACCGAAGAUAAAGUGAUAGAAACUUUACAAGCUACGUCUGCCAUUGAAUGUGUGUAUUAUUGUUAUCUACAUCAGAGCAAAUCGUGUAAAUCCAUAAACUUCAGAAAGCAAUGUAGUUCUAAUGAUGACUCGAGAGAGAACUGUGAGUUACUUUCGGUAGUUGAUUUAGACGAACCAACUGCUGUUUUAAUGAACGACGAAAAUUUUGAUCAUCUUGUUUUGCUGUCAACUAAUCUAGGCCUAAAGCCUAAACACGUUCUGUUAUUCUUCAGAGAAAUAUUUUAAAGCCAUCUGCAAAAUCGCCAACUUCAUCUUCAGAGAGUACAGCAAAAUCUUGUAAAGAACUCUUCGAAACCAACAGCUCCCUUGAAGAGGGUGUGUACAAAUUGAAAUCAAAAGAUGAAUUGGGAACAUAUGAAGCGUACUGUUUCAAACGUCUCAACGACGAAUGUAAGGGAUUAGGCUGGACACUUGUGAUGAAAAUAGACGGACACAAGGAUACAUUUCUGUUUGAUUCGUCCUUGUGGACAAACAAAGAAACUUUUCACGUUGAAAACGGUUUGAAUGGUUUGAAUGAAAAUGAAACAAAAAUGCCAUCUUAUUGGAACACUCCAUUUGAAAAAAUAUGUCUUCGUAUGAAACAUAACGAUAAAUUAGAAUCGGUUAUUAUUAGGAAGGAAGCUCCUUCACUUCAUUCUUUGAUUGCAGAUGACUCUUUUAUUGCAACUGAUGUUAAAAAGCAAAUUGGAAAGGAUUGAUUCAUGGCUCAGAAUUGCAAAAAAAUUGUAACAAGGAGGGAUUUAACAUUCAAGAAGGUAUAAGUUCACGACGUGCGUUGGUUCGAUUAGGAUUUGUUGCAAAUAAUGAAGAUCAAUGCAAACUUGUAAUUCUUUCAUUGGCUUUGGUGGGUCAGUUGUUGGUUGUAAUGAUGAAAAACGUCAAACUGCAUGUGGCAAUAUUUACGAUUGUGGUAAAAAUUACCAAAAUUUAGCAUUUGGUUUUAUAUUAGUUCAUUAGAGUUCAUUUUGAAAGUUUUGAACAAAAAAUCGAUUGCAGAUUUUGGCAAUGUCAGAUAUUUGUGAUUGGAAAAUGAUGUUUCGUAAAGAUAAUAAGCAAUACAAUAAAACAUAAAAGCAAUACGAGAUGAGAAUAAAAAGUCAGAUUAUGCAUAUGUAUAUAAGCUUAAUAAGGAUUAAAAACAAAGUUUGUUGUACAGAGAA